AUGAACCGUCGCCCUCCACCAAAGCGACAAGUAACCUUUCUUCUUCCCAACCAUUCGUCUCCUGACGAUGACGAUUUACAAUCUAACACGAUUCCCCCCAAAUCUUCUAAGAGGACUGCAGAGUCCUCCGCUCUAACCAAGGGAAAUGUAUCAAAGAAGGCUAAAAAGAAGAAGAAGCAUGUGCAGGAGCAUGAGUCCGCUGAUGAGAAUGUUGAUCAUGCUGCGAUCUUGGAAGAGAAGGGCGCUAAAAAACAGUUGUUUCAACGUAUAUGGAAUGAGGACGAUGAAGUUUUUAUUUUGAAAGGAAUGAUCGAGCAUGGUGAAAAUGAAGGGAUUGAUCCAGCUUUACUGGAUAUGUUUUCUUUCUACGACUCUAUUAGAGAUUCAAUUCAGUUAGAAGCCAGUAGAAGCCAAUUAACUUACAAAGUAAAGAAGCUGAAGAAGAAGUUUUUGAAAAAUCUGGAGAAAAGUUACGACGGUAUUAAUAGAACUUUCGCAAACGAUCAUGACCAGAAGUGUUAUGAUUUAUCCAAGAGGAUAUGGGGAACUACUGCAUGUAAAGGAAGUCUUAUCGCCAAGGUGUCUAGGAAUAGGAAAGAGAACAAUGUUGUUGAAGUCAAAGCCAAAAAAUCUAACUUGGGUUCAUUUAACUCGGAGAAGAAGAAUGUAUCCACUGAUACGGAGGUUGAUCGUGCCGUUGCUGAUCCAUCCAGUGUCGUAUCUUUCUGUAUGGACUUGAGCUUGGAAAAGAAAAUUGAGGAAUACGCGUCUCAGCUAAUUACAGGAGACAGAGGCUUACUUUCAUCGUCUUGUCCACUUGCGUGA